AUGACGAUGGAUAAGCAACUGGUUUGGGUGAGGGACCCCAACGAGGGGUUUAUCCUCGCCCGGCUGCACGAGUUGAUGGGAGAAGAAGCAGACGUCUUCCCCAUCGACAACAAAUACCCCAAGCGAGUCUGCAACUUUGAAGACAUAUUCCCAGCCGGUGAUCCUGCUAAGAGUGUUGAUGAUAAUUGCGAGCUAAUGUUCCUAAACGAAGCUACACUAUUAAACAACAUCUUAAUACGUUACAAGAAGAAUAAGAUCUACACAUACGUAGCCAACAUCCUAUUGGCUGUGAACCCUUACGAAGACAUUCCUGACAUGUAUUCCUCCAACACCAUCAAGAAGUACCAAGGAAAGUCGUUAGGAGAACUGCCACCCCAUGUCUUUGCUAUCGCCGACAAAGCCUUCCGUGACAUGAAAUCGCUGAAGAUGUCUCAGUCUAUCAUCGUCUCCGGCGAGUCCGGUGCUGGUAAGACAGAGUCCACGAAGUAUAUACUCAAGUACCUCUGUGAGUUGUGGGCCAAAGCCGCUGGACCCGUCGAACAGAAGAUUUUGGAUGCCAACCCGAUCUUAGAAGCAUUCGGUAACGCGAAGACAACACGUAACAACAACAGUUCCCGUUUCGGCAAGUUCAUGGAGGUGCAUUUCAACAACAAAUACCAAGUCGUGGGCGGGCACAUCUCCCACUAUCUUCUAGAAAAGUCUAGAAUAUGCACACAGAGUGCAGAAGAAAGAAACUACCAUGUGUUCUACCUUCUAUGCGCCGGCGCACCUCAAGAACUCCGCACUCAAUUGAAAAUUACCAAACCUGAUGAUUAUUUGUAUUUGAAGAACGGAUGCACACAAUACUUUACGUCACCGAGUUCUGAGAAGAAGAUCAGCGCUGACCGCAAGAGUAAACAGCAGCAAGCCAAGGGCGGCCUCAGGGACCCCAUACUUGAUGAUGUCGAGGACUUUGAGAGGCUCCAUCAGGCGCUAGCUCGAGUGGGUCUCUCGGAAGAAGAGCGUGUAGCAGUGUACGGCGUGGUGAGCGGCGUGCUGCACCUGGGGAACGUGGAGUUCGAGGAGGACAGCGGCGCGCGCGGCGGCUGCAGGGUGGCCGCGCACUGCGAGCCCGCGCUGCAUACUUGCGCCGCGCUGCUGGGGGUGGACCCCGCAGACCUGCGCAUGGCGCUCGUCGCGCGGCUCAUGCAGAGCAGUCGCGGCGGGGCCAAGGGCACCGCCAUCAUGGUACCCCUAAAGACGUACGAAGCCAACAACGCCCGCGACGCGCUCGCGAAGGCAGUGUACAGUCGUCUGUUCGACUACAUCGUCCAUCGCAUCAACGCCAGCAUCCCAUUCCAAGCGUCCGCAUACUACAUCGGUGUACUCGAUAUUGCUGGGUUUGAAUACUUCCAAAUGAACAGUUUCGAGCAGUUCUGCAUCAACUACUGCAAUGAGAAGCUGCAGCAGUUCUUCAACGAGCGCAUCCUGAAGAAUGAACAGGAACUAUACAAGCGGGAGGGACUUAAUGUACCUGAGAUCAGAUUCGUUGACAACCAGGAUUGUAUUGAUCUAAUUGAAAGCAAGAACCACGGUAUCUUCCACCUGCUGGAUGAAGAGUCGAAGCUUCCCAAACCAGAGUUCAGCCACUUCACUCACUCCGUACACAAACAACUCGGUGUUAAUAAUAACAGACUGCAAGUUCCUCGUUCAUCUCGUCUGAAGGCACAUCGCACACUACGUGAUGAUGAAGGAUUCUUACUACGUCACUUCGCUGGGGCCGUGUGUUAUAAUACUAAUCAAUUCAUAGAGAAGAACAACGACGCUCUUCACGCGUCUCUGGAGUUCCUCGUCCAGGAAUCAAACAGCAAGCUCGUGCAGCAUCUAUUCCAGAACACGGACAACAAUAAUGCUAAAGGAAAGCUGAACUUUAUCUCCGUCGGAGCUAAGUUCCAAUCUCAACUGUCACAGUUGAUGGAUAAGUUGAAGGAAAAUGGCACAAACUUCGUGCGCUGCAUAAAGCCGAACUCUCGCAUGGUGUCCCGCGAGCUGGAGGGCGGGCUGGUGCUGGCGCAGCUGCAGUGCGCCGGCACCACGGCCGUGCUGGAGCUCAUGGAGCACGGGUACCCCAGCCGCGCGCCCUUCCACGACCUGCACCACAUGUACCACUCAUACCUGCCGCAAAAACUGCAGAAACUCUCACCCAAAGUCUUCUGCGAGGCCAUAGUCCACAGUAUGGGUCUAUCAGACAAGGACUACAAGUUCGGUGUGACGCGGGUGUUCUUCCGUCCGGGCAAAUACUCGGAGUUCGAUACCAUGAUGAAGUCAGACCCUGAAAACUUGAAGUCCAUUGUGGAAGCCGUACUAUCCUGGCUCGUCAAGUCCAGAUGGAGGAAGUCCAUAUUUGCUGUGCUGUCUAUUAUUAAGUUAAAGAACAAGAUCGUAUACCGAAGGGAAUGCCUGAUCCUUCUACAAAAGACUAUCCGAGGCCACUUAGUACGUCGCAAGCACAGGCCGAGGUACCAGGGACUGGUCAAGAUCAACGCUUUACAUCACAACCUUAAAGAUAUGGAAUCAGUCACUUCUCAGCUUAAGAAGGAGAAGGAUAGUGCACAGAGAAACAUCGAGAACUUGAGGAAUUCUAUCAGGAAUGCUUGUGCUGCUAUAAAGUCCAACGAGAACAUAUCCCGUGCUGAGAUCGACAACCUGUAUUCUAAAUUGACCAAAGAUGUUGAGACACAGAUGGCGUCCCUUCAAAAGGCUAUGGUUGACCAGAAGAAUAGGGAAGAACAAGAGAGGUUGCGUAAGAUGGAAGCGGAGAUGCGCGCCGCUGAAGAGGCAAAGAAACGUGAACAGGAACGAAUUAAACAGGAGGAGGAACAUAGGAGGCUUAAAGCGGAGAUGGAGGCGCGUCGUAAGGCGGAGGAGGCGGAGCGACUUCGACUGGAGGAACAGGAUCGCCUCGCUGCACUCAAACUGCAGAAACAAAUGGAAGAGGCUGCUAAGGCCGACCAGGAGAAUAGGGAGAGGUUAGAACAAGAGAGACGGGACCACGAAAUGGCAGUGAGACUGGCUAAAGAGACCAAUGGACAUGUGGAAGGUUCGCCACCUCAAUUGCGCAGUUUCCCUACCAUGGAGUCAAUCAAUGGAGAGAAUAAAUUGAACAGGUCGGAACGCGUAAGAAUGCAGCAAGCUAUGCAGGGCAAGCAAAAAUACGAUUUAUCUAAAUGGAAGUAUUCGGAACUACGUGAUACUAUUAACACGUCAUGUGAUAUUGAACUUUUGGAGGCUUGCCGCCACGAGUUCCAUCGCCGCCUGAAGGUAUACCACGCAUGGAAGGCAAAGAACGCACGCAAGACUACCAUGGCCGACCAGGAGAGGGCGCCACAGUCGAUUAUGGAUGCUGCAAAAACCCCUCGAGUACCCCAAAAGGGUGAGAUCCUAGGCGCCCGCCACCGUUACUUCCGCAUCCCGUUCGUCCGCGCGGGCGGGCCGGGCGGGCCGGGCGCGCCCGCCGCCGACAGCGAGCGCCGCGGCUGGUGGUACGCGCACUUCGACGGACAGUACGUCGCCAGGCAGAUGGAACUACAUCCCGACAAGACGCCCGUGCUGCUGCAGGCUGGAGUGGACGACAUGCAGAUGUGUGAGUUGAGCCUGGAGGAGACAGGUCUGACUCGCAAGCGUGGCGCUGAGAUACUCGAACACGAGUUCGAGCGAGAAUGGGCGCGACAUGGCGGGCCUCAGUACACGCCGCAUGAUCAGCGCAAGCGUUAG